AUGGAAAUCAAAGAAGAAGGGACAUCAGAGGAAGGCCAGCACUUUCUUCCUACAGCCCAGGCAAAUGAUACGGGGGACUCCCAGUUCACAAGUAUUCAGAAGACUCCAAAUGAACCACAGUUGGAAUUCAUCCUUGCAUGCAAGGACCUUGUGGCUCCUGUCCGUGAUCGGAAACUGAAUACGCUGGUGCAGAUCUCAGUAAUCCACCCUGCCGAGCAGAGUCUGACAAGAUACUCCAGCACCGAAAUUGUGGAGGGAACAAGAGACCCCCUGUUUUUGACUGGUGUCACAUUCCCGUCUGAGUAUCCCAUCUAUGAGGAGACCAAAAUAAAACUCACAGUCUAUGAUGUCAAGGAUAAGUCUCAUGACACUGUUCGAACCAGUGUCCUACCUGAACAUAAGGAUCCCCCGCCAGAAGUUGGGAAAAGCUUCUUGGGUUAUGCCAGUUUUAAAGUGGGGGAGCUGCUGAAGUCGAAGGAGCAACUGCUGGCCCUGAGUCUGAGAACUUCAGAUGGUGGCAAAGUGGUUGGCACCAUAGAAGUCAGUGUCGUGAAGAUGGGGGAGAUUGAGGAUGGGGAAACCGACCACAUCACAACAGAUGUGCAGGGGCAAAAGUGUGCACUGGUAUGUGAAUGUACAGCCCCAGAAAGUGUGAGCGGAAAAGAUAACUUACCUUUUUUGAAUGCAGGUAUAAACCAGGAGCUAAAAGAACUUGGUGAACUUUCUCCACACUGGGACAAUCUACGAAAAAAUGUCCUGAGUCACUGUGAUCAAAUGGUGAAUAUGUACCAAGAUAUUCUGACAGAACUUAGCAAGGAAACAGGGUCUUCUUUCAAAUCCAGCAGCAGCAAAGGAGAGAAAACAUUAGAAUUUGUUCCAAUAAAUCUACAUCUACAAAGAAUGCAUGUACACAGCCCUCACUUGAAAGAUGCUCUCUACGAUGUCAUCACUGUGGGAGCUCCAGCUGCACAUUUUCAGGGAUUUAAGAAUGGUGGUCUUCGGAAACUGCUUCAUAGAUUUGAAACAGAAAGAAGAAAUACUGGAUACCAGUUUAUUUACUAUUCACCUGAAAACACAGCCAAAGCAAAAGAAGUCCUCAGCAACAUCAAUCAACUACAACCUCUUAUAGCAACCCAGGCAGACCUACUGCUUAAUUCUGCAAGCCAGCAUUCUCCAGACAGCUUGAAGAAUUCUUUAAAGAUGCUUUCGGAAAAAACAGAGCUUUUUGUACAUGCCUUCAAGGAUCAGCUGGUCAGGAGUGCUCUUUUAGCACUCUACACUGCAAGGCCAGGAGGCAUCCUUAAGAAGCCACCCUCUCCUAAGAGCGGCACAGAGGAGAGCAGUCCCCCAGACCAACCCUCACCGAUGAGAAGGCAGGACUCCAUACCGCAUCAUUCAGACUACGAUGAGGAAGAGUGGGAUAGGGUGUGGGCCAGUGUGGGGAAGAGCCUGAACUGCAUUAUUGCUAUGGUGGAUAAACUGAUUGAAAGAGAUGCUGGUAGCGAAGGCAGCGAUGGCAGCCAAGAUGGGGAAAAGGACCCUUCAUUAGCAGACUCCGUCACAUCUCACCCAAGAGAAAAAGUGCUUGCUGGAUUGGUUUGUGGUUUUAUCAUCAAAUUACAGACAAGUUUGCAUGACCCCGGCUUCCUACAGCAGCUUCACACUGUGGGGCUGAUCGUGCAAUAUGAAGGACUGCUAAGUACAUACAGUGAUGAAAUUGGAAUGCUAGAGGACAUGGCUGUUGGCAUUUCUGAUUUAAAGAAAGUAGCAUUUAAAAUAAUCGAAGCCAAAUCCAGUGAUGUCCUGCCAGUUAUAACUGGAAGACGCGAACAUUACGUGGUAGAGGUCAAGCUUCCAGCUAGAAUGUUUGAGUCGUUACCUCUGCAGAUUAAAGAAGGACAGUUGCUUUAUGUGUAUCCGGUACUUUUUAAUGUUGGCAUCAAUGAACAGCAAACUCUAGCUGAGAGGUUUGGAGAUGUCUCGUUGCAAGAGAGUAUUAAUCAAGAAAAUUUUGAACUUCUGAAAGAAUAUUACAAGAUAUUUAUGGAAAAGAUGCCUCCUGAUUACAUUUCACAUUUUCAAGAACAAAAUGAUUUAAAAGGAUUACUAGAAAAUCUCCAUCAAAAUAUCCAAGCCAAAAAAAGAAAGAAUGUGGAAAUUAUGUGGCUGGCUGCAACGAUUUGUCGCAAACUCAACGGUAUUCGUUUCACCUGUUGCAAAAGUGCCAAAGACAGGACUUCGAUGUCGGUGACGCUUGAGCAGUGCUCAAUCUUGAGAGAUGAGCACCAGUUGCACAAGGACUUCUUUAUCCGAGCAUUGGAUUGCAUGAGAAGAGAAGGAUGCCGCAUAGAAAAUGUACUGAAGAAUAUCAAAUGCAGAAAGUACGCUUUCAACAUGCUACAGCUGAUGGCUUUCCCCAAGUACUACAGACCUCCAGAGGGGACUUAUGGAAAAGCUGACACCUAAGUUUACCAAGC